UUUCUGACUCUGGGUGGUGGUGAGUCCUCCUCCCCCACCCCUGCCCCAGGCAGGGGGAAUGGGGAGGGGGCCUGGGGUGUUGGAGGACACAGCUGGGCCCACCCCAGGUGGGCAGGUCUGAGCUGGAGCUACUGGCCUGGCCCAGGACAGAGCCCUGUCCUCCCAUCCUUGGCUGGCCUGAGGCCUGGUAUGAGUGGGAAUUCCUGGCCCUGUUCGUCACAGGAGCAGGUAUGACAGCCACACGGGUGACACCAGGCCUAGGCACUCGGGUGCCCGACUCCACUGGGGCUGGUGGCCAGGCAGGCACACUGGCAGAGGGCCUCCCUGGGAGCCCAGCCCCGGCCCGGCUCCUGCCCCUCCAUGGCCCGGGAAGCCAGGCCCGCUGAGCCCAGGGCCAGGAAGGGCUGGGUGUUCUUUGCCUGUGUCUCCGUGGUGACUGCCAGGCGCUGGGCCGUCGCCCGACGUGCUGCUCUCCAGAGCCCCACGCCUUUGCCGACAACACCUCUGCUGGCACCAACCACCGAGAGCUCCACACAGGAGAUUGGCGAGGAGCUGGUCAACGGGGUCGUGUACUCCAUCUCCCUGCGGAAGGUCCAGGUACACCACGGAGCCACCAAGGGCCAGCGCUGGCUCGGGUGUGAAAAUGAGUCGGCCCUGAACCUGUAUGAGACCUGCAAGGUGCGGACGGUGAAGGCAGGUACGCUGGAGAAGCUGGUGGGGCACCUGGUGCCCGCCUUCCAGGGCAGCGACCUCUCCUACGUCACCGUCUUCCUGUGCACCUACCGGGCCUUCACCACCACCCAGCAAGUCCUGGACCUGCUGUUCGAAAGCAGGUAUGGUAGGUGUGACGCACUCACGGCCUCCUCUAGAUACGGCUGCAUCCUGCCUUAUGCCCACGAGGACGGCGGGCCCCAGGACCAGCUGAAAAAUGCCAUCUCCUCCAUCCUGGGCACCUGGCUGGACCAGUACUCGGAAGACUUCUGUCAGCCCCCCGACUUUCCCUGCCUCAAGCAGCUGGUGGCCUAUGUGCAGCUCAACAUGCCCGGCUCUGACCUGGAGCGCCGUGCCCACCUUCUCCUGGCCCAGCUGGAGCAUGCGGAACUCACCCAGGCAGAGCCAGAGGCUCUGAAACCAGCCCCAGAGCUAGAGCUGGCUCCAGCACCCCUUCUAGCACCCAGUCCAGUGCCAGCGCCAGACCUGGAGCCAGUGCCAGGCCCAGACCUAGAGCCAGCUCUUGCGCCAGCUCCAGACCCAGAGCCAGCACCAGCACCAGCACCGACUCCUGAGCUGGAGCUGGCUCUGUCACAAAGCCUAGAGCUAGAGCCCACCUCGGCACCGGAGCCCUCCUGGCCCUCACCCGUGGCUGCAGAGAAGGGGCUCGGGGAGGAGAAGCCUCACCUCCUGGCAUUCCCUGCCGUCCUGGUGGCGGAGCAGUUCACGCUGAUGGAUGCGGAGCUGUUCAAGAAAGUGGUGCCCUACCACUGCCUGGGCUCCAUCUGGUCCCAGCGGGACAAGAAGGGCAAGGAGCACCUGGCUCCCACCGUCCGCGCCACUGUCACCCAGUUCAACAACGUGGCCAACUGCGUCAUCACCACCUGCCUCGGGGACCGGAGCGUGACGGCCCGGGGCAGGGCCCGGGUGGUGGAGCACUGGAUCCAGGUGGCCAGGGAGUGCCGGGCACUUAAGAACUUCUCAUCCCUCUAUGCCAUCCUCUCGGCUCUGCAGAGCAACUCCAUCCACCGACUGAAGAAGACGUGGGACGAAGUCUCCAGGGAGAGCUUCCGGAUCUUUCAGAAGCUGUCAGAGAUUUUCUCAGAUGAGAACAACUACUCGCUGAGCAGAGAGCUGCUUAUCAAGGAGGGGACCUCCAAGUUUGCCACCCUGGAAAUGAACCCCAAGAGAGCCCAGAAGCGACCCAAGGAGACGGGUGUCAUCCAGGGCACCGUUCCCUACCUGGGCACCUUCCUCACAGACCUGGUGAUGCUGGACACGGCGAUGAAGGACUAUCUGUAUGGCAGACUGAUCAACUUCGAGAAGAGAAGGAAGGAAUUCGAAGUCAUCGCCCAGAUCAAGCUGCUCCAGUCGGCCUGCAACAAUUACAGCAUCGCGCCCGAGGAGCAGUUCCGGGCCUGGUUCCAGGCCAUGGAGUGGCUCAGCGAAACCGAGAGCUACAACUUGUCCUGUGAGCUGGAGCCCCCCUCGGAGUCAGCCAGCAACACCCUCAGGGUCAAGAAGAACGCGGCCAUCGUCAAGCGCUGGAGCGACCGCCAGGCCCCCAGCACGGAGCUCAGUGCCAGCAGCAGCUGCCACUCCAAGUCCUGUGACCAGCUCAGGUGCAGCCCCUACCUCAGCAGCGGGGACAUUGCUGACGCACUCAGCGUCCACUCGGCUGGGUCCUCCAGCUCCGACGUGGAGGAGAUCAACGUGAGCUUUGUCCCAGAGUCCCCCGAUGGCCAGGAGAAGAAGUUCUGGGAGUCGGCCUCCCAGUCGUCCCCGGAGACCUCCGGCAUCAGCUCGGCCUCCAGCAGCACCUCCUCCUCCUCAGCCUCCACCACGCCCGUGGCCACCGCCCGCACCCACAAGCGCUCCGUCUCCGGGGUCUGCAGCCAUAGCUCCUCGCUGCCCCUCUACAACCAGCAGGUGGGCGACUGCUGCAUCAUCCGGGUCAGCCUGGACGUGGACAACGGCAACAUGUACAAGAGCAUCCUGGUGACCAGCCAGGACAAGGCUCCGGCUGUCAUCCGCAAGGCCAUGGACAAACACAACCUGGACGAGGACGAGCCGGAAGAUUACGAGCUGGUGCAGGUCAUUUCGGAAGAUCGCAAGCUGAAGAUCCCCGACAAUGCCAACGUGUUCUAUGCCAUGAACUCCACCGCCAACUAUGACUUCGUCCUGAAGAAACGGACCUUCACCAAGGGGGCAAAGGUCAGGCAUGGAGCCAGCUCGACCCUCCCCCGCAUGAAGCAGAAAGGACUCAAGAUCGCCAAGGGCAUCUUCUGACUGGUCCCGACCGAGCUGGCCCUUCCGGGGCCUGGCUGGCCGGACAGCUAAGCACUUACAGACGUCAGUGGCCCAGGCCAGGCGGGCCCUCCUGCCCAGCCUGCCAGCCCAGGCCGCCCCCAGACUCCAGUCUCACCCUGAACCUCUCCUGCUGCCGGGACUGACGCCCGCCGAUCGGUGGGCUGACCUGGCCUCCUGUGGACCUCUCGCUGCCUUAGGUGCCUUCUGCUCUCUGGAACCAGAGGACUAGCUGACUUUUGCCAAGGAGCGCUGCCAAUGGGCACGGAGCCCUGCCUGCUGCCGGGUGCCGCCCUCUGUACACGUCCCUCACACCUUCCCAGGUGUGGGCCACUGCCACCUGUGCCCGUGGGCACCCCAGGGCACCCACUCAUCCACCAGGUCUGACCACUGCAGUUCUCUCCUCGUGCCCUUCGUGGGGUCCCGGCCCCUCCUCGCUCCACUCUAGCCUUUCUCAGGCUGCACCAAAGAUUCCAUCAUCAGGGCCAACGGGGAGUGAGGAAGCCUCGCCCACUGCCCAGUCCAGCCCUCCCCUGGGAGAGGAGAGAGAGAGAGAGACCCUCUUCGCAGACCACGCUCAUAACCAGUGAGUGAGGACGGCCUCGGCCGAGUCCCACUGUUGUCACAACCCACGACACUGCAAGUGCCCUUCACCGCGGCAUCUGGGCUUCACGAGACCACACGAGACGGGGGUUGGUGAGAAAGGAGGGUUUGGGGAGGGGAGGGGAUUGAAUGUUUGUAUAAAAGGUGAAAAAAAUGUUUACCAGUUGGGGAGGGGCAAUAUUUAUUUGUUGUAAAUAGCAAAGGCUAGACUUGAAUAUUAUAUUAAAAUCCUGUUUCUACU